AUGUCACUUCCCACCGCCAUAAUUUUGCUUCUCACCGCCGUAAUAUCGCUUCCCGCCGCCGUAAUGUCGCUUCCAACCGCCGUAAUGUCACUUCCCACCGCCAUAAUUUUGCUUCUCACCGCCGUAAUAUCGCUUCCCGCCGCCGUAAUGUCGCUUCCCACGGCCGUAAUAUCACCUCCCACCGCCGUAACGUCGCUUCCCUGUGUUGUACACUUGUUUGGCACCCAACCCACCUACCAUUCUCUUUUCUUUGGCUCUCGUCCGCCACACACCACCUCUGUCUUAGCGUUCCGAGUGGGCGGAGCUGUCGGUUGGGACUGUUCAAGAACAGAUUCAAACACAUCGUUUUCACGAGGUUUCUCUCGUAUGCAACGAAUAUAUGUCUGGAAUAUGCAUCUCACUCCCUCGCUUUUCUUUACACUUUCACUCUCUCUCUCUCUCUCUUUAUCUCUCUCUCUCUCUUAA